AUGGCUGCCCCCACGAGCCACGUGUUCGAGCUGGAGAACGAGCUCAACGACAACCUGUACAACCUGAAGAUGGGAGGCGACCGCAAGGCAGCCUCGAGGAGGGUCCGCAGGAUCCUGAAGCCCCUUCUGCGACUGCUGAAGAAGAGCUCCUGCAGGCAGUCCAAGAAAGCGCAGCGCGCGGAGCCCCAGGCCGAGGUGUUCGCCGAGCCGGAGGUCGACAACCAGAACAACUGCAACGAGCAGCUGGAACGUCGACUCCUGGAGGACCUGAGGAACGCCGAGGAGGGCGCAGCCAUCACCGUCUGCCUGGAUGGGCAGAUGACAGUGGUCCCGGUGGUCCCGGGCCAAUGCUACGUGCCCGUCCACUUCGCCCACACCCACGCCGGGGACUUCUACUGGACGACGCUGGCCUUGAGCGACGCGGACCUCUGCUACAAGGAGAGGGCCUUUUCUCAGCACCAGCUGCCCGAGAUGCAGGUAGCUUGA